GCAGCGUUUAAAAGGCAGCCAGGGAAGGGGCGGGCGGCCACCACCACGCAGACGGCCGCUCCUUGACGGCAAAGAUGUUUGUGGACGAGCGCAUCGUGACUCUGUUCAAGAGGAACGCGCAUCACACCUUGACUUACUGGAGCCUUUUCUUCAGCUUUGGGCUGAGCAUCGCUUUUCUCGGGCCCACCAUUAAGGACCUGCAGUGUCAAACCAAGUCCACGCUGAGCCAGAUCACCUGGGUCUUCUUCUCCCAGCAGUUCUGCUUGCUGAUCGGCAGCUCGGUGGGCGGCAUCUUCAAGAGGACGUUGUUCAGCGCGCUGUCCGCUUUGUUGGUGUCGACGCUCCUCAUCUCGGUCAUUUUCGCCGUCAUCCCUUGGUGCACCCAAGUCCUGACGCUGGCCGUGGCCAUGGCCGUGUCCGGCUUGGCCAUGGGAGUCAUCGACACCAUCGCCAACAUCCAACUGGUCAGCAUCUACCAGAAGGACUCGGCCGUUUUCCUGCAGGCUCUCCAUUUCUUCAUCGGCUUCGGCGCCCUGGUGAGCCCCCUGAUCGCCGACCCCUUCCUGUCGGAGCACUGCGGCAACAGCGCCGGCAACAGCGCCGGCAACAGCACCGGCAACAGCACCGGCAACAGCACCGGCAACGUGACCGAGUUGACGCAUCACUUCAGAAACACGCUGAUAAACAGCCCCGUUGCCGAGCACAACGGAGGGGAGGCGGCGGCAGCGGCGGCGGCAGCGGGGUCCGGUGUGCACUACGCCUUCUGGAUCAUGGCUCUUAUCAAUCUGCCCGUGCCCCUGGCCGUGCUCUUCCUGAUGUAUCGCGAGCGGCUGAUCCCGUGCUGCCCCGGCGCCGCGCCGCAUCUGCUGGACAAAGACGAACUGGCCAUGGAGAACCGGCAGGGAGCCCGAGCCGCCGAGCCGCCGGCGCCCCAGGCUGGAGGUCACGGGAAUAUCUUCAGCUGCUGUCAGAAUGAUAACCUGCGUGGCCUGCCGCUAUCCUUCUUCAUGAUUCACAUCCUGGGCGGGAUGGUGCUCUUCAUGAGCGAUGGCAUUGUGGGCGCCUAUGCCGGCUUUGUCUUCACGUAUGCCACCAAGCCGCCCAUUGGUCUCGUCCCUAAGGCAGCCGGCUACUUACCCAGCAUUUUCUGGGCGGCCAUCACGGCAGGUCGGCUGCUCUCCAUCCCUCUCUCGUACCGUUUCCCAGUGGUGAGACUGCUCAUCUUCAACCUGGCGGGCACAAUCGUCACCGUCUUGCUGCUGCUGAUCCUCCCCAACAGUAGAGCAAUGUUGUACGUCGGCACCUGUUUGUGUGGGCUUUUUCUCAGCAGCAUCUUCCCGUGCAUGCUGGCCUACACCGAGGACAUCCUCGAUUACCAGGGUACGCCCGAGACCACGAUGCGCUACCUCGGUGCUGGUGACCAGCGCGGGAAUGGGAGAGAUGGUCAUGACGGUUCUGGUGGGCUCUAUUAUCGAGACGAACGGCAGCUACAGCUUUCUUCUGUGUGGCGUGAUUAUCGCCAGCCUUGGGUUGCUCAUUUUUCUGGCGCUGCUCUUCUUCCAUCGGCUGCACAGAAACUACCUCACAGGAACGACAAGAAAAUCGGCCAUGGUGGAGGAAGAAACGCCAGGAGCGAGUGGCUCGCCCGCAGCUGAGCCAAACGAGGAGGCGCAGAAGAGCUGAGAGGGCGGGCGAGGGAGGGCAGGCGGGCGGGCGAGGGCCAGCGAAGCCCGGCGAGGGCCGUGAGAGCCGGCGAGGGCCGUUUGUCCAGCCCACUCCAUCCCAGCCAUCUUCCUCCGAUCCCUUGACCACAAAGACUCUUUGUUACUUGAGAUGGUUUUGUCGUUGGGGAUCAUCAUUGAUGCUGUGAUGGUUUCAGUUUUGUCUAUUUGAUUCUUCUCAAAUGUCACUUUGGCGCAACGGAGGCAGUCGGGGGUCGCUAUGACCUCUGCUGCCAUUCGAUUUCCCGCACACGGCAUGGCAUCCUGCGGCAGCUGCUCCUGCAUUGAAACAUUCAGAGAGAGACUCCCAUCCAUCCAUCCAUCCAUCCCUCCAUCCAUCCUUCAAAUAAAAUACGAGCCAAUCCGAGUGCAGUUGAUCAAUCCAGAAGGACUUGUGGCCUAUCAAGAGAACGCAGAGGAGCGAGCAAGCAAGCAAACGCCCGUUCCAAACUCGAAAGCCUUGUACUAUUUUGACGACAAGCGUAUUGAAAGUCUGGCAAUAUUCCAAUGUGGGUUUUAAAAAAACUCUCAAUGUCGUCCGACUGUUGCGACUGUGAGUGAAUAUGACUGGGAGCUAAUUCUGA